AUGAGCUGCUGCAUAAGCUCGUGCUUCCUUGCUUCCUCGCUUCUAAAGACAUCUCAAAGUCACCUGUUUCUGCACCCGUCGUACACGUGGCAGAGCGCGUUGAGCUGCUACAUAUCCUCUUCCUUCAUUGCUUCUUCGCUCCUCGCCCCGUGCCUCCAUCCCUUACAUUCUGUAACAGAGCGCGAUGAGUUGCAGCGAGACCUGGAGGGGAUGUGUUUGCAGCAGGUGGGGAGUGCCGGAGCCGAGGACGCCAUGGCUCGGAUGCAGGCCAGAAGGGUGGCCAACUUAGAAGCGGAGCUUGCCACGUGUCGCCACACGAUUGCGUCCCUGGAGAUGGAAAUUGCAGACGUUCGGCAUGAUUUGCAGGAUGCGGAGCAGAAGAAGGCAGGAGCAGCGGCCAUGUGGAAAGAGGAGCACAGCAAGCGGACAGCAGCGGAGGAGGAGGUGCGGUUUUACCAGCGGCAGGCGGCAGCAGCACUGGAGCAGCGGGACCAAGUGACUCUCGAGCUGGAGCAGCUGAGAACCGCCAAGGCGGAGGGAGAGGCGCGAGCCAAGGGGGAGAUAGAGCAGCUGCGGAAGGAGAAAGCGAGUGCUGCUGAGAAAAGCAGAGCCGAGAUUGAUAAGCUGAUGAAGGAGAAGUGGGAUUUGCUAGAGAGGGUGAAAGAGGCGGGUAGGCAUGCGGCGGCGUUGGUUAAGCAGCAGGAGCUGGGGGAUGAAAAGAUUGAGGAGGCGGAGAGGGGGAGGAGGGAGGCGGAUAGGGGAAGGGAGGAGGCGGAGAGGGAGAGGGAGGAGGAGAGGAGGGAGAGGGAGAGGGUGGAGGGGGAGAGGGAGGAGGAGAGGAGGGAGCGGGAGAGGGUGGAGAGGGAGAGGGAGGAGGAGAGGAGGGAGAGGGAGAGGGUGGAGAGGGAGGGGAAGGAGGAAGAGGGGAGGUUGAGGGAGGAAGUGAGGAGGGAGAGAGAGGAGGGAGCGAGGUUGAAAGAGGAGGUGGGGAGACUGAAGGAGGAGGUGGAGAGGAGGAGGAACGGUGCGAGGGAGUGGGAGGCGGUGGGGAGGGAAUCAGAGGGGCAGGUGACUCGUGCAAAAGCGGAAGCAGCAGCAUUGGCUGCAGCUGCUGCUGCUGCCGUGGAGGCAGAGAGAGAGAAAGGGGUGAGGGAGAGAGAAGAGAUGCAGAAACGACUGGUGGAAGUGCUGAGGCAGCUGCAGAGAGAGCGGGAGGAGAGGAGGAGGAGGGGAGGUGGAGGAGGAGAAACGGGAACGGCCAGAACGCCAAAGAACAUACCCCAAGGAAGGUUGGCUGAGGAAUGUUCCCCGAAGGAACCAGGCUCGGAUGAUCUGGAAAAGGAUUUCUUCUCUAGCAAGAGUUUCUUAGCUUAUGGCAAGGGCCAAACUUCGUAUGGGGCGUCUAGGGACCCGUAUGGGACGGCUAGGGAUCCGUAUGGGGAGGAGCCGACGGAGGAGAUGCUGUCUCAGGCGAUGAGGGAGAAGGUGCAGGCGCUCGUGAUGCUGGCCGCGGAGGAAGAGAGGCACCUGCGGGACUCGCAGCUGGUGGGGAGCCUGAGGGAGACCAUUGCUGGGCUGAACGCUACGUUGGGGCAGGUGAGAACUGCUGGGGUAGGGGAGGACUGGGGUAGAGUGACAGGGGCGAUGAGGGAGAAGGUGCAGGCGCUGGUGAUGCUGGCUGCAGAGGAAGAGAGGCAUUUGCGGCACUCGCAGCUGGUGGGGAGUCUGCGGGAGACGAUUUCUGGGCUGAAUUCUACCCUUGGCCAGGCGAGAACUGGGGUGACGGCAGAGAAGGUGAAGGCGCUGAUGCAGCUGGCGGACACGGCAGCAGAGGCGCAGCAACUGAGGGACGAGAUGGCAGCGCUGCAUCAGGAAGUGCGGAAGCGAGACGAGAUCAUCGCCAGAGACCCCUACCUCCCCCUACCUCCUUCUCUCCCUACCUCUCCCUGCCAACUUCCCACCACUCCCCCCUUCCCCACCUCACAACCCAGCUCCCUCCCCUGGCAGAGCGCGGAGACAGCAGGGGUGUGGUCCGCCGGGUCAGAGAGCACCAUGAUCCCCGCCCUCUGGUCCUCCUCGCCUUCCCACGACCCCUUUGACAGCAUCGCUGACCCUCUCCUCACCUCCCCUCCCCUCCCCCUCCAGCUCCCUCCCCUGGCAGAGCGCGGAGACAGCAGGAGUCUGGUCUGCCGGAGCGCGGAGACAGCAGGAGUCUGGUCUGCCGGGUCAGAGAGCACCAUGAUUCCCGCCCUCUGGUCCUCCUCAACCUCCCACGACCCGUUUGACAGCAGCGCUGGCUCGGAAUAUGGGGGGCUUGGAGGGGCAUGGGAGGGAGCAGGAGGCGGGGGCGGGGGGGGUGUGUAUGGCGGCAUGAUGGCUAUGGGAGGGGGGUUGCAGGGGCUGUACGGAGCAGCAGGAGGGGGAGGGGGAGGGGGAGGAGGAGGAGGAAUUGGGACAGGGGCUAUUGACGUGCCACACUUUGGAAUGGGCGGAGGAGGAGGAGGAGGGGGAGGAGGAGGGGGAACGGGGGGAGGAGCAGGCCCAGGGUCAGCAGGUGCAGCACCAGCAGGAUUCUCCAUCUUUGGUCUCUUUCGGGGCGUCGGGGGGAGGGGUACAGGGGGAGGCGCGACUGGGGCAGGCGGGGGAGGGGGAGGGGGAGGCGGAGGGGGAGGAAUAGGGGGAGGAGGGGGAAGCGGGGGAUCGGUGUAUCUGACGAAUGGGAGUAGCAGGGGGAGCACUCCUAGGGGCGAGAUGGAGAGGGAGAGAGAGAGGGUGACCCCAUCAGUGGUGGCGAGGCUGAGGGUGGAUAUAGCAGCUCUUGAAGAGGCUCUGGCAACGAUUGAGCAGAUUGCACAAACCUCUGCAGACAUGCGCUCGUCCCUGGCUCAGGGCCUGGAGCAGAUUCUUUCUUGCAACAAGACCAAAGACCCGAAGAAACCUGCUGCUAGGCCGACGACAUCCUCUCUCUCGCUCUUCUCACCCUCGUCCAAGGCCCACUUUCAAGGGCAAAGAAGGAUCAGUGGGCUUUCUUCCUCCUCCCCCUCUGGUCACUCCAGCCAAAGCAAACAGGGCCAUUUAGCCAUGCGCCAUCCAGCAGACAGUGCAGGUGCUUAUGCUCGUACUAUCCGGGAUUCUAAUGACGCAGGUGCUAUCACCUACAGUGGCAGCAGCAGCAGCAGCAGCAGCAGUAGUAGUAGCAGCAGCAGCAGCAACUCGGCUUCUGCCCCUGCAUCGAAUGAUUCGGCUAUUGUUGCAGCAGGUACGGUUACUGCUUGUUUGGUUACCGCCACUACCACCACCACAACCACCAUGACCACUACCACUGCCGCUGCUGCCGCGGGCACUGCUGUUACAGAGCUAAUUUUAGACAAGUCUUUUUGGGCCAAGGUAGAGUCUGUAGAGGAGGAAGCGCGGCAGAUGAGGAUAGUGUUUGGAGCAGCGGCACAUUUGCCAAUCAGUUGGAAUGCAGGGGGGUCGGGAGGAGGGCGGACGGGAGGGGGAAGGCAUGGGAUACCUGCUGAGAGGGCGGGAGAGGUUGUAGCCUCUGUUGGGCUGGAAAUUGCCGAGUUUGCCCUCGUGGUGGUGGGGUUGCUGCGGCCGGUACAGAAGGGUUAUUAG